AUGAAGGACGGUACCGGUAGAUCAGUGGGUUUUUCUACCGCCAAGGCGCAUUCGUCAGGCUUGAGUCAGCAAGCUUUGAAUGAGGGCUGGCUGGUACUCUAUUGUCGCUUGCGACGCAUGCACCCGCACGUGGUCUAUGCAAGACCGUUAUUUUACGGCUACAAGCUCAAUUGGGCAGGCGAUCAAACCUCCACCCCAGAAUUCUACCCCUACUAUGUAAGGCUCUGCUUCCCGUCAGCUAUCGGAAUUCUAGCCGACGGGCCCCGCGAAAGCACGCACAGCCUCACCAUCUGCCUUGUGUGUGUUCCACAUUCGCCGGAGCUCUUAUCGGCCCUUUUUCGUUUGGGCGUCGCCGGCUAUCCAACGGGCCACGGCACGACGCCAGUGAGAGCCUCGUUGCGCCACCGUCGUUUCACGCCCCUGGCGCGAGUCGUGUGGAUUUCUGGAGAAUGUCCUACCGCGGACGGCCGAGCAAAGGGUUGUGACGAAAAGAAGCCCAUCUGCAGUCGAUGUGUCAAGUCGAGCCUCGCCUGCAAGUACAGAGAUCAGGGAGACCUACUAUUUCGUAAUCAGACUGCCUCGGCAGCCCAAAGAGCAGAAGAAUCAUGGAGGAAACGAUCAAAGUCCAAUCAGCGUGAAGUCAGUGAGAGUAGCAUGAGUAAUACGUCUCCACCAAGCAAUGAGUCCUCUCCAACUGCCAUCCACCAAUCGAAUGUUGGUGGCCAACACAGUCAUCACUCCUCACCCCAUGGAUCCGUAGAAGAGUACAUGCCUAAGGCAUCCGACGUAGUCGCGCCGAUUCCCGAUCUAGCAAACAUGCACAUCACCCCAUGCGUCGAACCAGAUCUUCGCCAACUAGCCUACGACCGUUUCAUAUACGACUUUGUCUCUCCGGAUAAUCCGAACAGGCCACCGGAUGAGCCGACGGAUUCCCUAUGGGCUUUCAUCCCUGUCAUAUAUGAGAAUGCUGCAGAGGGCUCAUGCUUCCACACUGUGUUUGACGCUGUCGCCUACGUCAACUAUGCGAAUAGAUGCAGUGCUCCCCAGGCCAUGGUCUUGGCGGAGGAAUGCAUGGCAAAGGGUAUCAACUUGAUCUCAAAGAUGGUCGCCGACAAGAAGAUGGCGGCGACUGAUGAAACCUUGUGCUCCGUAUAUAUGCUGGGAGUAUACGAAAACAUGACAACCUUGCAGCGCAAAGGGACGUUUAUUGCACACCAACAUGGUGCCAACGCCCUACUGCAGCUCCGGUCCGUUGAUGAAUUCUAUAGCAACCCAAUAUCUGCAAAACUCUAUGAGGUCUCAUACUGCCAGAUGCUUCUGGGAAAUUUGCAAACGGCAAAACGUCCGCCUCUACACAUGAAAGAUGUAGCUAGUGUUGAGCGACAUCUUCCCAGUCUUUACAGUAAUACUAAUGUUUAUGUCGUUCGACUCAUUUGGCGGGAGGCAAAUAUACACGCUCAAUGGCACGACAUCAAGCGUAGCCAAAGCCUACCUACGAGCCGGGCAGACUUGCAAGAUUUGUUACAAAGUGCGCUCGACCUUGAGGCUGCGUUCCAAGCCUGGGAAGCUGACGUUCCACGUGGGUGGAGGUAUCACAUGGAACCCAACACGCCUGGAGCACGGGCAAGAUUCGAGAGGAAGUGGCAUGAGCUUGUUCUUGACUGUAUUGGAGCACCACGUGAGAUUCACACGUAUCCGAAUUUGAAGCGAUGCUGGAUCUGGGGCUUCUAUCGUACGGCUUGGAUGUUCCUGUUGCGCGACAUCCUGGAAAUGAUCAAUUGGAUGUUCCGACUGCCCAUUUCAAAUCUGGACCCUGCAAGCAACGAUGUUCAGGAUCACACAAACGCUUUUAUAUCGCCAUAUCAACUGGACCCUGCCCGUCUAGGUGACACAGCAUUGCGAACCCAUCAUGCGAUUGCUACGGCUCAUCUCAUCGAUGUCCUCGAAAAGAGCUGCUCCGCCGUCUUCAGCAACUUGACCGUCCCCAUCAUCGACAAGCGAGCGGGCGAUCUUUCAGGCAUGAGAGGAUACGUUAGUCUUUGGCCUCUCGGCGUCAUGGACGCAAUCCUAGGAUCCGGCCUCAUCACGGACUCAAACGACUCAACCCCUACCCUCGACCUCCAAUCCACACGUCAAGUUUCGCCGCCAGUGCCGAUUCCACAGCAGCAACAACAACAGGCUCCCGUCAUCCUCGCAACCGAGACAUCCUCACCCUACCCGGAUUCCUACGCUACAGCCCCCCAGUUCACCGAACUCUCCAAACUCCCGCCCAAGCUCCCCGUGGAGCAUUCCUCCUCGCCUCCUCCCUCUGCCCCACAAGCACCCACAAACUCCUCUCCCAGGCCCCCAUCUGCACCUCACGAGACAGCCAGCAAGGGGCAUAUUUUCGACUCUGGCCCCGCGCACCCGUAUGAUCUUCCAGUCGCGCAAUUACAGCGCGAUGCUAGUCAUACCAUCGACGUUGCUGCACGGCGCGAAUGGCUCAAUCGUAUGCUCUAUUUCAUUGCUACGGACCUGGGUAUCAAGAAGGCUUUGUAUGUCCCUGUUGUGGAGGGAUACAUGCAAAAGGUUAAGCCCAAGGUUGACGGAAUUCUUGGACGCUGA